CAGUACUUGAACGAUAAACCAAAGACCAACCAAUUAAUAAAGAAAAAAGGGGAAAAAAUCUGAAACCAAAAAUCGAGAAGGAGACGAAGAAGACGAAGAAGAAGAAGAAGAACCUUUCGCGCUCUGACGAUUAAAAUUCAUUACUUACACUCAUACAUACUCGUCUCCUUCCUCUCUCUCACAGGAUCCUUGCCUCCCCUUGCUCGGAUCCCUAGAAAUCAAUCAAUGACGCAACCCCCGCCUCAGCCCCCUCCGCCGCUCCCCGCUCCGCCGCACUCUGGUCCUCCGAGAGGCGACGUUCAGGUCAGAUGCGCGGGAUGCCGCGUGAUUCUUCGGGUCAAAACCGGCGUGGUGGAGUUCUCGUGCCCCACUUGCCAGCUCCCCCAAAUGCUACCGCCGGAGCUUCUUUCUAGGGCACGGACGCAACCGCCGCCGCCGAUUCAGUCGCUUCCUCCUCCUCCGCCGCAGCAGCAGCUGAAACCUAUGAAUCUGCAGCAGCAGCAGCAGCCUCAGCCUCCCAGGCCUCCGGUUCCGGCGCACGGAAUCGAUCCGACGAAGAUGCAGUUGCCCUGCGCUAACUGCCAGGCGAUUCUCAAUGUCCCGCAUGGGCUCGCGAGGUUCUCUUGCCCUCAGUGCCACGUGGAGCUCGCGGUUGAUGUCUCUAAGCUGAAUCGAUCUCUAACUGCUCCUCAAUCUCAAUCUGCUCCUCCCUCGGUUCCUCCCCCGCCUCCUCCCGAAGAAGUCAACGAGGAAGCUAUUGAAGUUGAGAGGGAAGAGGAUGAAGGUGGAACUGCGGGAGAAACGUUUAUGGAUUAUCGUCCACCGAAGCUUUCAAUUGGACCUCCUCAUCCUGAUCCGAUUGUGGAAACAUCAUCUCUGUCUGCAGUGCAGCCCCCAGAGCCCACUUAUGAUCUCAGGAUCAAGGAGGAGCUGGAAGAGUCAAAGGCUUUGUCGUGCUUGCAGAUUGAGACAUUAGUUUACGCUUGUCAGAGGCAUCUUCAGCACCUUGCUGAUGGUACCAGAGCGGGAUUUUUUGUUGGAGAUGGUGCUGGUGUGGGGAAAGGGCGGACAAUUGCUGGGUUGAUUUGGGAGAAUUGGAAACAUGGAAGGAGAAAAGCUUUGUGGAUUUCUGUUGGCUCAGACUUGAAGUACGAUGCAAGGAGGGACUUGGAUGAUGUGGGUGCCACAUGCGUUGGAGUGAAUCCUUUGAACAAGCUGCCCUAUUCUAAGCUUGACUCAAAGAAUGUUGGUGUUAAAGACGGAGUGGUGUUCUUGACAUACAAUAGUCUUAUUGCUUCCUCUGAGAAGGGGCGUUCUCGUUUGCAGCAGCUUGUUCAGUGGUGUGGACCAGAUUUUGAUGGUCUCUUGAUCUUUGAUGAGUGCCAUAAAGCAAAAAAUUUGGUACCUGAAGCUGGGAGUCAGCCGACACGCAUCGGGCAGGCAGUUGUUGACAUUCAGGAUAAGAUCCCCCAAGCACGUGUUCUUUAUUGUUCUGCUACUGGUGCAUCUGAACCACGAAACAUGGGCUAUAUGGUCAGGCUUGGACUUUGGGGAGCUGGAACAAGUUUCAGUGAUUUUAGCAAAUUUCUAGGUGCGCUUGAUAAAGGUGGAGUAGGAGCUUUGGAAUUGGUUGCCAUGGACAUGAAAGCGAGGGGGAUGUAUGUAUGCCGUACCCUGAGCUACAAAGGGGCUGAGUUUGAGAUUGUUGAAGCUCCUUUAGAAGCAGGAAUGGAGGCAAUGUACAAUAAGUCUGCAGAAUUUUGGGCAGAGCUACGGAUAGAGAUGUUGUCAGCAAAUGCUUUUCUCCCUAACGAGAAACCAAAUUCCAGUCAAUUGUGGAGACUAUACUGGUCAAGCCAUCAGCGUUUCUUUAGACACUUGUGUAUGUCAGCUAAAGUUCCUGUAACUGUAAGGUUAGCUAAGAAAGCCUUAUCAGCAAACAAGUGUGUGGUUAUUGGCCUUCAGAGUACCGGAGAGGCUCGAACUGAAGAGGCUGUAACUAAAUAUGGUGUUGAGCUUGAUGAUUUUGUCUCGGGACCUCGAGAGCUCCUGUUGAAAUUCGUGGAAGAGAAUUAUCCCCUGCCAGAGCAGCCCGAACCUCUCUCAGAGGAUGAUAGUGUUAAAGAACUUCAUAGGAAGAGGCAUUCAGCUUCACCUGGUGUCUCAGUUAGGGGGAGAGUAAGAAAGAUGGCAAAGUGGAAACCAGAUAGUGAUGAUGAAAGUUAUUUGGAGUCCGAAGCUGAGUCUGCUGAUGAUUCUAAUGAUUCUGAUGAUGAGUUCCAGAUAUGUCAGAUAUGCAGUGGGGAAGAUGAAAGGAAGAAGUUGCUCCAUUGUUCAGAAUGUGACAAGCUUUUUCAUCCAGAUUGUGUAGUUCCUCCAGUUACAGACUUACCAUCUGAAGCAUGGAUAUGCUAUUCUUGCAAGGAAAAAACAGAGGAGUACAUUCAAGCAAGGCGUGUCUACAUUGCGGAAUUGCAGAAAAGGUAUGAAGCAGCCUUGGAACGAAAAUUAAAGAUUUUAGAGAUUAUCCGGUCUCUGAAUCUUCCAAACAAUCCCUUAGAUGAUAUCGUCGAUCAGCUUGGAGGCCCUGACAAAGUCGCAGAAAUAACAGGCAGGCGAGGUAUGCUUGUAAGAGCGUCUAAUGGGAAAGGUGUUACAUAUCAAGCAAGAAACACAAAGGAUAUAACAAUGGAAAUGGUCAACAUGCACGAGAAACAACUGUUUAUGGAGGGCAAAAAGUUUGUUGCCAUUAUUUCUGAAGCUGGUUCAGCUGGAGUUUCGUUGCAAGCAGAUAGAAGGGCAGCAAAUCAGAGACGAAGGGUUCAUUUAACAUUAGAGCUUCCUUGGAGUGCUGAUCGUGCGAUUCAGCAAUUUGGAAGAACUCACCGGUCAAAUCAGACAUCUGCACCUGAAUACAGGCUACUUUUCACAAAUCUUGGUGGGGAACGCCGCUUUGCCUCUAUUGUUGCAAAGAGACUAGAAACUCUUGGUGCUUUAACACAGGGAGAUCGCAGGGCCGGGCCUUCUUUGAGUGCUUACAAUUAUGAUAGUAACUUUGGUAAGAAGUCCUUGAUGGUGAUGUAUAGAGGGAUAAUGGAGCAGGAGAAAUUACCCGUUGUUCCUCCUGGCUGCUCGACUGAUGAACCGGAAACAAUUAAAGAGUUCUUAACCAAGGCAAGGGCUGCGCUUAUUGCUGUAGGAAUUGUUAGGGACAGUGUUUUGGCUAAUGGAAAAGACACUGGAAAGUUAUCAGGACGCAUUAUUGAUUCUGACAUGCAUGAUGUUGGACGAUUUCUGAAUCGCCUCUUGGGAUUGCCACCUGAUAUUCAGAAUAGGCUGUUUGAAUUGUUUACGAGUAUAUUAGAUGUUCUUGUACAUAAUGCUCGCAUUGAAGGAACUUUUGAUUCGGGAAUUGUGGAUAUGAAAGCUAAUAGCGUUGAGCUGCUGACCACUCCAAAGACCGUCCAUGUCGAUCAAAUGUCUGGUGCAUCCACUAUGCUCUUUACUUUCACUCUAGAUCGUGGUAUUACAUGGGAGUCUGCAAGUUCAAUGCUAGAGGGUAAGAGAAGGGAUGGGCUUGGUUCAGCUAGUGAUGGCUUUUAUGAAUCUAAAAGGGAAUGGUUAGGAAGACGGCACUUCAUAUUAGCAUUUGAGAGUACGGCCUCUGGGUUGUUUAAGACUGUCCGUCCUGCGGUAGGAGAGUCGAUCAGAGAGAUGUCUCUUUCAGAGUUGAAAACUAAAUACCGAAAACUCUCAUCUCUGGAGAAGGCUCGUAACGGUUGGGAAGACGAGUACGAAGUUUCAUCUAAACAGUGUAUGCACGGACCAAAGUGUAAGCUGGGAGAGUAUUGCACAGUAGGAAGAAGAAUACAGGAAGUAAACGUUGUGGGUGGCCUCAUUCUUCCCAUCUGGGGAACCAUUGAGAAAGCUCUUUCCAAACAAGCCCGUCAAAGCCACAAGAGAAUCAGAGUGAUACGCAUAGAGACGACGACUGAUAAUCAGCGAAUAGUGGGACUCUCUAUCCCUAAUGCAGCUGUAGAAACUGUUUUACAAGAUUUAGCAUGGGUUCAAGAGAUCGAUGAUUGAGAUAAAAACAAACAUUGUCCUAUGUAAGAAGAAACAGACACCAAACCUUCUCAAGCCAACUUCUUCCCCCCAUGCCUAUUCGUAUUUUUAUUUAUUUCAUUUUCAAAGGAGAAAGACACUUUGACUUUCAUUUUUGUGUAUAUCUAUCACAUGGCAAUUUGGCAAGAUAUGUAAUACUAUAUUAUCAUCUAACGUUUUGGCUAAA